UAAGAGAUACUUUGACAUUCAAUUCAAUGGCAUUGGCAUCAUCAUCUUCUUUCAGAAAAGUACUCCCCCCAGCUAAUGGAAGGCUAAUUACAAUUCUUAGCAUCGACGGGGGCGGAAUUCGCGGCAUAAUCCCUGCCAAGAUUCUUGAGUUUCUCGAAUCCGAGCUCCAGAAAUUGGACGGUGAAGAUGCUAGAAUCGUCGACUAUUUUGAUGUUAUAGCCGGAACAAGCACAGGAGGGCUUAUGACAACCAUGUUGGCGGCACCAGAUGCUAAUAACAGACCGUUAUACGCUGCUAAAGAUAUUGCUCCAUUUUAUGUGAACAAUGGGCCUAAGAUCUUUCCGCAGCCCUUUGGAUCGUUUGGAAGCACGGUUGCUCAAUUGGGAGGACCCAAAUACGAUGGGAAGUAUUUACACCAAUUGUUGAGAGAUGGUUUAGGAGAGAGCCGGUUGCAUGACACCUUAACCGACGUUGUCAUCCCGACCUUCGACAUUAAGUUAAUGCAGCCAACUAUCUUCUCCUCUUACGAGGUAAAGAAUUCACCUUUCAUGGAUGCACUAUUAUCGGACAUAUGCAUCGGCACCUCCGCCGCGCCAACCUUCUUUCCGGCCCAUCAUUUCACAAACUCCGACGCCUCCGGCCAGUCCCGGGAUUUCCAUCUCAUCGAUGGAGCUGUAGCUGCUAACAACCCGACAUUAGUAGCAAUAAGAGAAGCCAUGAAAGAAACGAUGAGAAACUUCCCAGAUUACUUCCCGGUUCGGCCGCUUAACUUCGACAAAUUGCUAGUGAUCUCACUGGGAACCGGCGCCGACAAGGAAGAGCAGAAAUACACGGCGGAGCAGGCGGCAAAAUGGGGCAUCUUCAGCUGGCUGGUUCAGGGGAAUUCCUCACCGGUGAUCGACAUUUACAACCAGUCAAAUAAAGAUAUGGUCGACUACUUCUUACAAGUUGUUUUCCAGUCACUUCAAUCCGAAGAUAACUACCUCCGCGUUCAAGAUGAGUCGCUGACGGGGUCGGCCUCUUCUAUUGAUGUUACGACGAAGGCGAAUUUGGAUGAGUUGGUGAGAAUUGGGGAGAAUUUGUUGGGCAAGCCAGCUUCUAGGGUUAAUUUGCAAACCGGAAGGUCCGAGCCUAUACCUAAUGGAGGCACAAAUCAGGAAGCUCUGAUCAAGUUUGCAAGAAUGUUAUCUGAUGAACAGAAGAUCCGAAGGUCCAGCUCACAAACAGCAGAAUAAAUUAUAAGUAAAUCAUGAUGAAGAUAUUUAAUUGUAAUGAUGUUAUUCUUUCUUAUUUAUUAGUAAGAAAAGUUGAUAAUAAUGUAAUAAAAUAAACUCUCUGAUGCAUUAUCGUAUGAAUAAUUUUUUAUUUACUA